GCUGUUUUCCCAGUUGAUAAACUCGUCGGCGGUGAUCCUGUUACCUGCCUGCCUCCAUUUUGUGUUGGACGGCCCAGUUCCGGGUUUCCGAGAAGCGACAGAAACAGUUGUUAAGCGAGAGUCUCGCUUUACUUGCUGGUCAAGGGGAGAGCAGAAUAAAAAGUAUAUGAAAAUAGGAUAUAAACUGGAGUUACGCGUACCUCGAAUUAGCUUUUGCGCCGAAAUAUAACUUGUUUACAGCCAUAGUUAAGACGCCAGCAAAAUUUCACUUGACAGCUGUCGCGAGUAAACAGUAAUUUAGCUAGCAAGCUAUCUUUGGGUAUUGGAUUUAGUUGAUUUCGCAAGCUAAUUUAGCUGCUAGUGUCCCCCAGUUUUUAUUAGAUUUUCUUCGCAAGUAACCAAGAGAGCCACCUACUGCCUGGGAUUGUGUUAACUAGCAAACUUGCCACAACUGCAGUUUCCAUUCAUGUUGUUAUUGAAGACGAGACUCACAAUCCUUCGAGACAGGGAGUUUGAGAGUGUACCCAGAGCUGAGACGGUGAACAAACCUCCUCCCCAAGGUGCCCACAGAGGGACAGGAUGCCCGUUCCUCCUCCUCCCCCUCCUCCUCCAGGACCCCCUCCUCCCCCCACCUUCAACCAGGCGAACACUACAGCACCUAAGUUGAAUCGGGAUGAGGCGAAGGGGAGAGGAGCGUUGCUCUCUGAUAUCUCCAAAGGAGCCAGGCUGAAGAAGGUUGGAGUGGUCCAUGACAGAAGUGCACCUGUUAUAGAGAAACCAAAGGAAAGUGGUGGAGGUGGUAGAGGAGGUGGAGGAGGGAGCAGUGGUGGGCCAGGGGGAGGCCUUUUCGCUGGGGGCAUGCCAAAACUACGAUCAGUUGGAGCUGGAGACGCCUCAGUGGGCAGAUCCGCCCUGCGUCCCCCAGGCUCCAGACCUGCAGCCCCCCGGUCCACCCCAGGCCGAUCUACCUCCCCCUCCCCAGGAGACAAACCCUCCCCAGGAGACAAACCCUCCCCAAGAGACAAACCCUCCCCCCCGGAGCCCCAGCGCUCCCACCGCCCCUCUCUCCCCGACAUCUCCCGCCCCCCAACCAGUGCCAGCUCAUCCCACUCCUCCACUGGGGGCAUGAAGCACAGUACUUCAGGCUCAGCUCCGCCCCCUCCUUCAGGCAUGAAACACAGCACAUCAGCCCCACCCGCUCCACCUUCUUCGACAGGGGGCUUGAAGCCCAGCACAUCCGCCCCAGCUCCUCCCCCGCCGUUUAACCGAGGUGGUUACCGCAGCAAUGCCCCGUUAACCCCGCAACAAAAGGCCCCAGUAGGCCCCAACAACAGCCGGGAGAAGCCCCUCCCCCCGCCGCCGCAAAGAGGCCCGGCUCCGCCCAGCUCUGGUCCCCCUCCUUCAUCGAGACCGCCUCCUUCCUCCACACGGCCACCCACUGGGGGGUCCUCGGCACCCCCUCCGCCCCCGCCUUACAGGCAACCCUCUGGGGGCACCUCCAAUGGCCCCAUGGGGCACCCUGUUGGAGAUGGGGCUCCGAAACUUCCCCAGAGGCACAACUCACUGCACAAGAAGAACUCCUCAGGCGGCAGCUACGGCGGACGCAAUCAUGCACCUCCUCCACCCCCCUCGCCAUCUGCAGGACCUCCAGGGGUUGGCAGACCACCCCCACCCGCCAGGGAGCCCCCCAGCAAGAGAUCAGCCCCUUCUGCACCCAAUCCUGGGUCACGAACCGGGGGUGGUGGGCAAGCCCCUCUUCCCCCGCCCCCCUACCGGAUCCACAGUGCUGUCGCUCCCAACACCACCUCCUCGGAGCCACCCCACCACACCCGGGGGCCCAGGCCCCCUCCACCCCCUUCGUCUUCCUCCCGGACCGGACCCCCACCGCCUCCCCCGCCCAUCCGCAACGGACACUCCUCUUCCUCCAAGUCCAAUAUAGAGGAUUUUGAGUCCAAGUUUGACUUCCACCCAGUGGAGGACUUCCCACCCCCUGAGGAAUAUAGGAAUUUCACCAAGAUCUACCCCAGCAAAAGCAAUAAACCUGGACCAGGCAUGUUCCGGGGAGUACCUCCAGCGCCACCAGUGGCAAGGUGAACUAUGGAAUUCAGGACCAAAGGACAUUAAUAAGUCACUCGGUCUAAUCAGAGGACGUUCAGGGGAGUGGCACGACACUUGAAACACACACAGGCCUAAACAUAGACACUUUAUAUGACUAGCCGGAAACAAGUCAACCCCCAAACACUAUAGGAAGUUCACUAGUCUUGUUCGACGCUACACUACCAGUCGCUCUCUUUUCCACAAACACUUCAGACACUUCUGUUUCAGCAUGAUCGAACAAAACCACUGAGGUGCCUAGGAACUGACCUGUUUGACUGUGCUGUGGUCACAAGCCAAUCUUUCUGCAAGAUGGGGGGGGGGGGGGGGGGGGGGGGGGGGGCGUUGCAUUGAUUAUACUUUAUAGCAGCAGGACCAACUAAGAAUUCUGCAUUCCAUAUUUUGAAAUGUGUGCAUAAUCCACGAUGAUGAUGAUGAUGAUGAUUUCCUGCGAUAUAUGAAUUUAUGUUUUUGUAAAUGUUCUGUGGUUAACCGCAGUAACUGUGUCGUCUGUAGGACAAUAUAGGGGACACACCAACAUCUGCAAAAAUGUGUUGGGUGUCAAUUGGUAUCUAUAGUAUGUGGUGUGUUUUCUAUAGGUUUUUUUUAAAUGCCGCGCUUCCACUGCCCUGAGGAGAAGGUGUGGACUAGAAUUCUCUCCUACCUUGAUGUGCCAAUAGUUGGGUGGAGUAGAAUCAGGGGCCUCUCACACUUAGGAAAGCUGUUGUUUUCGUCACACAGAAAUGGCUUAGUUUUUUUUGGUAUGAAACAGGGACAGGAGAAAUUACUUGAAUGCUUGUCAUGUUAUGAGAGGGCGAGUCUUGCUGACAGUGCGUGACACAGUCUAAAGACUGUGAGGGGCAUUCCCAAUUAGAUCUUUUUUUGUUCUUCCUCAUGGCAUUGCUCUGUGGCAGCUUAACCGUGGCCCCUGUGAAUACCAUGUUUUUACACUAGAGGAGAACAAAGUGCUGCUCUGAUCGGUUGCAGUCUAGAUUUAUCUGAAACAAAAAAAUAAAUGCUUCUUCGUUUUGUCAACACUACGACAUGUUUCAGGGAUCCAUAAUGCCGGUCCUCUUUAAUGAUCGUUAGCUGCCAAAGCUCCUUUACUUUAUUGAUCAAGGAAGGCGUUUGAGAGUACUGUAUGAAAUUCUACUUUCACUUUAUUCAAUGCUGUUCCUGUUUCUUGCCACAAGGGGAGCGAUCAUGGCUAAAUUAUUACCCUCAUUCCUUUCUUUGGACCAAGGGUAGCUUUGCAGGGCUGUCAGUCAUUCAACCCUGUCUUUCUGAAGUUCCUUCAAAGAACAAAAAAAAAUGUAAUCAAUUUUUUUGAAAUUAGAAUAUUUGAUUUUACUGCUGGUGGCCCUUUGGAAUGGACUGUAUCCUGGCCAGAGGGAACCCAUAAUGCUUGAGUUUUUAAUGCAUUCCUAUGCAAGGAACGAUUUUGUUUGUAUUCUCACUUCUCAUUGGUAGCAACUAACCAAAAAGGAAACGCCUAAGUGCCAGAAGAAGGUUGUAGGGUGAAGAUGCUCCUAGGUGCUGAUUAGGGGUCAGUUUUGUAUUUUCCCUACUCAUGUUUUAAGGUUAGGAUUGGGGAAGGGAAUCUUAUCCUAGAUCUGUACCUAGGGGAAACUUCACCUGGAGCACCAGGGAACUAUUUGGGCAGAGUAGGCCCCCAGAAAUGUCAUCAUGGUGGAUUUAUAUAUAUAUAUAUUUUUUGACUUAGGAGCUUCUUAAUGCGUGAUACCUAAACUGUCAUUACAUUGUAGCUUUGUGAUUUCUGUAAUGAUUCCACUACCGUGAAAGAGAACUACAUGGACCAGCUACAUGACAAUAGAUUCAUUUUCUCUUCUCCAUUCCUUUUAUGUCGUCCUCAGGCUGGUUGUUGCCUUACACAUCUAUUGUCAUACUUAUCGGUACCAGUGCGUUUGAUAAAAAUAAAAGUGAGUCUAUUAAAAAUGCAAUAAAUAAUGUAUAUUUACAUAAAGUAUGAGAAAUAUGGUAAUUGUAGUUAUUGAUAUAUUUUAAUGUUUGUAAAAAGCUUGUAAUAUAGGGAGGAAAUUGAUUAAAAAGUUUAACAACAGUCCAGUUGUGGGCUUUGUCUGACAGCCAGAGGGACGGGUCUCUUUGCAGCACUUCUCUGUAUGUCUGACCGUGUGUGUAACUUGUGUGAUUGAUGGAUAUGUUUAGUCUCACAUAGGUGACUCAUUGACUGUGAUUCUCAUGUUCUCACCCUGUUCAUUCCUGCCAUGGUCAUUUCACUUGUUAAUCAACCAUGUUUUAUCAUUUGAAAUAAAUCUAUGCUUUUGGGGGGAAAAGGGGUACGUGAUUGUUUUGGUGUCCAUUGUAUUUGAUUCUUUAUCACCAUCUCUAUCAUCCAUCUUU